GCAGACUUGACAUCGGUGCUAUCUGUCAUGCAAGUCAAAAGGAUAGUGAGGAGUCCAGUGUAGAGAAAUUGCCGGCAGCCUACUUGUAAUAGCCUACAUUUAUUCUGUGUAAAAAGAAUUCUUUUUUUCCUGCGCUGCUCGAGCUUUUUUUUUUUUUUUUUUUUUUUUUUUUGGAGCGUCCUUCUUAUGAAUUACACACAAAGCAGGAGGCGUCUCUUUACAUUUAGUUGUGUGAUCUGUGUUGAGAGGACGAUGCCUUUGAGGACCGGACUUUUUCUCCUGAUGGUGCUGAAUGCAUCUGCAUACGAACUGGAUCAGAACGAGUCCUAUUCGCCCAGGAGAGCACGCUUUUCUGCCAAUAGCCCUUCAGAUGUGGCACGCUGUCUCAACAGCGCCCUCCAAGUUGGCUGUGGAGCCUUCGCCUGCCUGGAGAACUCAACUUGUGACACAGAUGGCAUGCAUGACAUCUGCAAGUCCUUCCUAUACAGUGCUGCUAAAUUUGACACUCAGGGUAAAGCAUUUGUGAAGGAGAGCCUUAAGUGCAUUGCCAAUGGCAUCACCUCCAAGGCAUUCCCCACCAUCCGCCGCUGCUCCACCUUCCAAAGAAUGAUAUCUGAAGUCCAAGAGGAGUGUUACAGCAAGCUGGAUAUCUGCACCGUGGCCCGAUCUAAUCCAGAUGCUAUUGGUGAAGUGGCACAGCUACCGAGUCACUUCCCCAAUAGGUUUUAUGGUAAGCUGCUACAGAGCCUGAUGGACUGUGAUGAGGACACAGUGGAUCGCGUUCGGACCAGCAUGGUGUCACGGCUGGGCCCAGAGAUGACCAUGCUUAUUCAGCUGCUGCAGAACAAGCCCUGCCCAUCCACUGCUGUGGCUGCAGCUGCUGCCAUCCCAACUGGAGUGGAGGGCCGUGGGAGCUGGCGCUGGUCCAUGGGUCCCCAUAUGUACAAGAUCCAGCCUAAUCUGCGAAACAGAGACUCUGCCAGUCAUUUUGGCAAAAAGCGCUCUGCUAGUGACAGCUCCUAACUUCCACUCAGAUUCAGAAAAAAAAAAAACUCCACACACUCCUCAAAACAUCAUGAAAGCUCCUCUAUUCCCUAGGGGUGACAAAAAUCCAUUCCUCCGCUAGACUGGAAGUCACAGAAAUAUGCACCUCUAGGGAAUGCCGGACCGCCCAUAGAGUUGAUAUCAGUUUGAUUGUUGUUAUAUUGUAUAUCCUACACUUUAGGCUUGAGAGAACCCCUCUUCCAUCGACUGUUUUCAAACGUGUCCACUCACAGUUAGUGUUGAACAUGUGGCUGUUGCAUUUGUGCAACACGGUCCUGUUCGCUCCUAUUCACAUCCUCCAACAGAGAUGAAUCCUUAAGAAGUCUUUUGAUGCCAAGCAAAAAAAAAAAGAAGAGAAAAGAAAAGAUUUAACAACAACAACAAAAAAAAGAACAGCCAUAGUGGUUCAUGCCUCUAAAGCACAAGCCAGUACUUUAAAAGACAAAAACUCAAUUUCAUAAUUCUGACAUUUGUUCAUGAAUAGAAAUCACUAGUUGGAUUAUUAUUGGUUCAUGUUUAGGAAUGAGAACUUAUUGGUCAAUGUAUCAAAUAUUUCAGCAAUGAAACUUGUCAAAUUGUGAGCAUGAGAUGAGGAAAUGAGCUUCAUAGCAAUUUUCUGAACCUAACAUUACACUUAAAUGUACUGUAUACUACGUUAUCAGAGACAGCCAUAGCUAGCCCUCUAAAAGAGAGUGCUCACACGGAGUGAGGUCUGUAGAGGUUUCAUGCUAACCUUUGAGAGGUUACCUUAAACUGACCAAAAAACUUCAAACUGCCCUGAAUGCUAUUCACGAAAUACCAAAAUUCUGUAUAGCUAUAGCACUUAUAAUUAUUUUAUUUUCUGAUGGCAGAUGUAGCCAUGGUCAUGUGUUUCAAAUCAUUAUCCUGCACAUAAGGAUUGUCCAGGUCAUGGCCAAGUCUAUCAGAAAAAGUCCUUUUUUUGCAUAUCUUGUAUCCAGACACUUGCAAUGCAUAAGACUGUUGAGCUCUACAGUAUAUGUGGGACCAUGUUUAGUGGGAUCUGAAUCCAUGUUCUUAACUGAGUGUGAAGCAGUCGUGUAUGUGCAGCAGCUGAUUAGCACGUUCACCGAUGAGACUGAGAGCAGCCAUCUUCUUGGACUGAUGAUCAUCAUUCUCUGAGGUGAAUCAUGUGACAUACACACUGGCUUCCAGUGUCAAGAUGGAGAGUGACUAUUUAAAAAAAGCCUUGUUGGAAUGAUAUUUAUUUUCCUACUAUAUUAUUUAAUGUUUUUUAUUAUUAUUAUUUCAAUGCAUUAUUGUAGUUUUAAUUAGUUUACAGAAUUUUAAAAAGCAGUUCAGUCAUGGCUCCUAUUUGAACAUGAGCUCUAUGCCAAAAAAAAAAAAAUAGAAGUGAGCUGACACUCUGGUGACUGAAUGGGACCCAUGUCAUGACUCUGUGCUGGCCAUAGGGGAACAAGGUUGGUCAUUCAGGUCAGGGGAUCUACUUUAUGGGUGUUACAAGGGACCACAACAAAACAUUAGCUUAGUUUUGACACGCUUUCUGGUUUUAAAACUGGAUUGUCAUUGCAGCUGCUAGAUGUUCAGUGCUGGAGGUUUGUGCACAUUAAGGAGGACUGACCAGGUAUAAUGACCGGAAAGCAAACACCAGCGUCAAGUACCAUGUUAGGGAGGUGUUUUUUGAUGGUUCUGAACCUGUUUGGAGUCAGAAUACAGAAAGAUUAUGAAAGGAAGAAAUCUAGUUUAUCAUAAAAAACAAUCUAAAUGUUUGAUUCAUGUUAGAAAUUGAUGAAAUUCAUUUGAUGCUUCAUGCACUAGGCUGACUUUUUGCUAUGGCUGCAUUGGCAUUAAGCUACACACAAGUAGCAGCUAGCUACCGCUGUGUGUAAAGAAAUUUAUAGAUGCUGUUGCCAACUUACAGAAACUUGAAGCAACAUUGCAGUGAUUUUGGUUACUUUAAUCUUUACUGUUCACUUAGGAGGGCCCAUUUAAGUUGACUCUGUUGAGGCUUUAAUAGUUUGUGUAUGUGGGGAUGUCAUAGCUGUAAAUUAAUGUAACAAAAAGACCCAGUAGACUUCAUCCGUUUAGCAGUUCUCUUUCAGAAGCUUGUUUCAUGACCUUCAGGGAUCAAGACAAUCAUUCAGAAUAAGCAGUUUAGUGCAGAGUCAUGGUCACUGAGAAUGGUCUUCAUGCUGGUGUUUGCUUUUAUGUGUACCUCCAAGAUAGGCGGUAGUUUGGCACCAUGAACUUCAAUGGGAUAAUCAGUGGCUUAAGGUAGUAAGUUAAGGGUAAAUUGCAAAUAUUUGUGCGCAUUAAAAAUGCAGUAUAGAGGCUAACUUUGAAGCAGAGCUGGGCUCAGCUAAUUAAUUGAACUAAUUCCAUUUCUUGACAAUCUAAAUCUUGCAAAUUGGACACCUCUAAAUCUAUUGUUUGAUGACAAAAACACUAAGAAAUUAUUGCCUGAUUUCUUUUUACUUUGCCUGCAUGAAAGUUGAGCCUAGCCCUGUUUGCAAAGAAAAGGGUGAAUUUCUACAUUGUCCUGGAUUACUAAGAGCGAAGCACAGACCAGAAAAUGAGAAGUUUUAUUUUUCCGUGUCAAUUUAAUAGCUAUGUUAAGAAUUCCAAACUAUGCAAUAAUCACACACAAAGGAUUCACAGCAACACAGAAAUUGACCUUUAUUUCAUUCAGUGCCAGCUGAUGCUGUGUGACUAAAGCAGCAGCAUGUGUGCUCUCAUACUGCACUCCCAGUGUGAAGGCAUUGCUCCUCUACGAUGCUUUCUGUUUCUGUGUUUUUUGUAAAAGGGCGUUUCUUUUGUUCUGUGAAUGCGAUCGUUUCUUUUGUGUCAUGUGGUGCGAAAGGACAGCUGUUCUGAAGGAAUCACUUGGGAAGUUAAGAGCUAUAGUCACACUGUAGUAUAUCCUAGCUUAUAUUUUAUGUUUAAUAUGCACUUUGCAUCUUAACCACUAUAAAGGGCAUUGAAGCAUUCAGUACAUGUGCAACUGAGGCAUAUUUUAUUUACCCAGUGAAUGGAGAUAAGUUUGAAUACUUUGCAUCCUGAAGGGUCAGGGCUUCUUCAUGUACUAUUGAUACAUAUGUCUGUAUCUUUGUUGUCCAUGGGUAAAUCCAAAACCCAACAGCUGCUGCUAAACUGUUACUACCCUGUAUGAUGCUGUCCGGAUGCCCCUCUACUGUGGCCGCUCUGAUCUGUCAACACACAGUGAGCUCAGCAUCAGUCCACAUCUGCAUUUUUAAUGUCUAUCCAUGUCUACAUAUUUAUUUCUAUGAACAUUCCUCGUGUCAAAUAUAUUUGGCAAGGGCAAAUUGACUGUUUCCUCACCAAGUAAAAUGUAACGGUAAUUUUAGAGAAUGUACCUGUAUACUGAAUGUCUCUUUCGACAUGCCCAAGUUAGGUGACCAAUGAAGGCUGUUAGGUUAAAAGAAAAAAAAAACAAGUGAGAAAAGUAUGAGGCUUUUGGUUUCUUUCUGUUUUAGAUUUGAAUUGAACUUUUUGGGUGUGUAAGGUGGUACUGGAGUAUUGUUAAAUUGACCCAUGGUGAGUUUUGUGAAACUGUUCCUGUCAAUACUAGAGACUAAAAUCUCCCUCACUUCUGGCACUUCAUGGUACUCUUUCCUCUCAAGACUUGAAAUAGAUUGAUAAAUGUUGUCGUGCUUAAACAAAAAUCAAAAAGCUUCAGUGACUAGUAAAGUUUAUUUUGUAUUCAUAUAUAAGUGACAGUUAUUUUACUAUCAGAUUCAAAAAGUUAUUGCAGAUAUUAGGAGAUUACUGAAGUUCCUGAUACAGAUGCUAUGUAACGCAUGAUUGACCCUUGUGAAUCACUUGCACUUUAAAAUAUACCCAUAUACAUAUAUGCCCAUACUGUGUAUAUGUUUGGGUUUCUCCUCUGUACUGAAAAGUCAUGAAAGAUACAAAUGCAUCAAUUGUGUGUCUUUUGCUGAUCAGAAAUAAAAUAUUUAUCAUAUCUGG